AUGGGAUGCACUCUUCACUGGUAUCAUUGCACAGAUAGGCAUAGAGGAAAGCAACUAUGCAAUGAUGAUCUGAUCAAUAAACUACAGCACUUGAAUUCAGGAAAAACAAACAUGCGGCUGGGCAAAAUUCCAUUAGUCAUUGGCAUGCCAGUCCUCGUGUCUCAGAAUUUUGAUGUUGAAGGUGGAAUCGUUAAUGGUAGCACUGUAUACUGA